AUGGCUGCUCAGCUAAAGCGCAUACUCCAGCUCAAUGAUUCGGGCGCAGAUGUCGAUACUGAGGUCGUGAAAGAGAAGAACGCGCAGAUUGGUGACAGCUUCUCCGUAGAAGGUGUUACCGUCUACCAGGAUGCAAAUGGUGCUCCUGUGGAACAGGUCAGCCCCUUGGGCUACCAUGUCGGCUGGUAUGGCAUCCUGUUCUUGAACGUCAGCCAGAUGGUCGGCACGGGCGUGUUCAGUACACCUGGCAGUAUCUUGCGUGCUCUUGACUCGGUCGGCAUGUCCAUGAUGUACUGGUUUUUUGGUGCCAUCAUCGCAGCUGCUGCGUUGGCCGUUUUCUUCGAAUACGCAUCUCUUUUCCCACAUCGCUCCGGAGGCCAGGUCGUCUAUUUGGAACAAGCCUUCCCCAAGCCAGCAUUCCUGUUCGCCACGAUGUAUGCCUUCAUCACGGUCGCCUUUUCGUUCUCUAGCAGUAAUGCCGUCGUCCUUGCGCGAUACAUCUACCGGGCUGCGGGCUAUCCAGCUGGUGAAUGGGCUAAUAAGGGGUUGGCUCUCGGGGCAUACACCCUAUUGGCCUUUUUCUGUUUGAUCUCGAACAAAUGGUCACUUCGGCUGAUGAACUUGAUCUCUGCUGUCAAGCUCAUCAUCCUUGUCUUCAUCUCGGUCACUGGUUUCGUUGUUCUCGGUGGUGGAACUCAUAUCAAAGACCCACACGCCAACUUCCGGAACAGUUUCGACGGGAUUACGAACAAUGCGAACGACAUCGUCAGCGCUCUCGUCAACAUCAACUUUGCAUAUACGGGAUAUUCCAAUGCCUUCAAUGUCGUGGCAGAAAUCAAGGUAAGUCCGAUGUCAAGUCGAUCCGGUUUGAUGAGUCUAAUAGUGAUCCAGAACCCGCUCCAUACCCUCAAGCGCGUAGCGCCGCUUUCGCUUAUCAUUGUGUCUAUUCUUUACGUGCUCUGCAACGUUGCAUACUUCGCCGCCGUACCCGCUGCAGAAAUCCGUGAGUCGGGCGAAUUGGCAGCCGCGAUGUUCUUCGAAGCGGUUUUUGGGACCAAGGCCGCAAAAGGUCUGCCUGCACUGAUCGCCGUUAGCGCUGCAGGUAACAUCAUGGCUGUCAUUAUCGGCCACAGCCGCAUGAUGCGCGAAUGUGCACGGCAAGGCCUCGUGCCCUGGCCUCAUGUGUGGGCGAGUACCCGACCUUUUGGCACACCGUUCGCACCUACGCUCCUGAUGUGGCUCUUGACCGUUAUUGUCAUACUCGCGCUGCCAUUCGGAGAUGCUUUCAACUUCUUGGUCGACCUCCGCAGUUAUCCAGACUCGGUGUUCCUGUUCCUGAUGGUCAUAGGCGUCUACUUUAUCAGGCACCGGAGAAAGAAAGAAGGCCUCCCACAGGCUCCUUUCCGAGCCUGGCACAUCGCCAACAUCCUUUCGGCUGCUGUGUGCUUGUUCAUCCUCGUCAUGCCGUGGUACCCGCCGGACGAGAACGAUUAUUCCUUCUGGUACGCGACCUACUGUGCCGUUGGUAUUGCUUUGCUGGUCUCUUGCGCCUUGUAUUACUUUGUAUGGAUCAAGUGGCUACCAAAAUUGAAGCACUACUCGAUCAGAACGGAAACUUUGAUUUCGGAUCAGGAUGGCAGUGUGUCGCAUCGCUUCAGGAAGGUGCCCAAUGUAGAUGUCGAAGAAUGGGAUCGAACACACGACGAGGCGGGCAAUGUGCUUGUCAAGUCGGGUGGUGCAAGGAGCGUGGAUGGCAGCCAGCACUUAUUGAGGAGAGUGAGGGUUACCGAUCGAGAGGCCGCAGAUGGUGUUGUACUGGAGACGAAGGUGUAA